UGCAGCAGGGGAGCCGCGCUAGUACGCCUUUUAUACAUUUUAUCGCAAAAUAUCGGACGAUUCUGACCAGUCGAUACGUAACGAUCACAGUGAAAUGACUUCAAACGCGUUCUAUUCGUCGAAUACCGUCACGUGGGUGGUGGCCGCGAUUGGUGUCUACUGCCUCGUGUUUCGAUCAGCGCUGGUGAAUGCACAACAAUCGCUCACACAAGCCGAUAUGGACGAGAUUGCCAAAGGAAUGAGAAAGGUGUGUAUGUCGAGACACAAAAUUUCCGAAGAAAUAGCCAACUAUCCCAGCCAGGGCAUUUUUCCCGACGAUAAAGAGUUUAAGUGUUACGUCGCAUGCUUAAUGGAUCUAACACAAACAUCGAAAAAAGGAAAGCUCAACUACGAUGCAGCAGUGAAGCAGAUCGAGAUCCUUCCGGAAACGUACCGGCAACCGUUCCGACUGGGGCUUGACUCCUGCCGCACAGCAGCCGACGAUGCCGCGGAUCGCUGUGAAGUCGCGUACAUACUGCUGAAAUGUUUCUUCAAAGCGAGCCCCAAAUUCUUCUUUCCUUAAACUUAUAAAAAAAAACAACGCCUAGUUUUAUUCAUAAAGGGACCAUAACAAAAGCAGUUUUGCUCCAA